AUGUCAUAUUCAAACAACAAUUCGAAUCAAAUUGAUGAGCUGCGUUUCCACAAACAACAGUCUCCGCGCAGCGAUACAACCUUGCUUGGAGGCAUGGUAUCACCAACAAGAAAUGGCCCUUCCCUCCAUCAUGAUAAUCGCAGCGGAUUAAUGAGAAGAUUUACUGCUGAUUCUUUGUGUGCGCCUUCGAUCGCCUCAAUUACAAGUCAGAGAGGUGGUCAGGAUGCUCAAGACUACGGACCCUCGACCUUCCACAAAGUUCAACUUCUAGAAAAAAAAAAGCUUGUAUACGAGCGACUCCGAGAACAGAAAAGACGAUUUGAAGCAGAGAUGCAAUUACUAGAUAUACAACAACGGCGGGAAGAACAAGAGCUUGCACAGAUGCAAGAAGAUUUGGGAAGGAGCAGCGGUACUUCCAGACAAAGUCAUCAGUCCGAGCCUACGACUCCAGAAUACCGUGAGUCUUCAUCGGGCUUUCCCUCUGCUUUUUCACGACCAAAUCGAUAUUCAGCAUCUAGCUUAACAUCUCCACCUGGUCUUUAUAAUCGACCAACUAGAUCAGGCUCUCAAAUCACAUCCCCCCAGUCAAACAAUUUACAGCCCCGACUAGUAAUGAACGAAAAACCUCCGUCUACUACAGUACUUGGCUCCAGAAGUAAUAGCGAUGAAGAUGAUAAGGCGGAAGCAGUCAGGCAAGAUCCUACUAGUCAUCGAUCUACCAACGCCCUAAAUAGAUACUCUAUGCCCGUCACUAAGUCACGAUCUGGAUUGCAUGAGAUUUCGCUGGACCAGACCAAUACUACUCGGUUUCUCUUUGGAGAGGAUGACUCCACCACAUCAGGCGGCAUAAACAAUUAUUUGCAAAUGAAUGCAACGGAAGAUAACUUUCCAAUACUUGUUCGUCGUGAGGACUUUCCUGGCCUGCUCUCUGCUUCAUCAGCUGCACUUGAUCUAGCUCUAUCACAGUCACCAGGACCCGAACCGACUGGUUGGAGUACACUAGUCAAUCGUCAUCGGCCCUCCUUGUCGCAACAGAUUACGUCGAUCAAUAGGACACGCCCUAGUGGAUCGGCCACUUCAGCAAAGCACAAAACGAAUGAGACCACCCCGCGAUCUCGUCAGUCUUAUCGACAUUCCCUGGAUCUGAAGUACCAACAAACCUUCGUUGUGCCCCAAGAAAAUGCAUCUCAAGUCACAUCGCCUAUCAAGAAUUCACUUAAUACUCCAACUAAGCUGACUUCAACUUUUUCUAACAAUGAUGUGCAAGGCACAAGAGCAAGCACUAAUGGGAGUUCCACGCCGAAUAAUGUAUCUAUAUCUCAUGCUCAGCAGUAUUUGCACAACCACAAUGCCAGCUUAGGCCGUAUACCCCCAGGUGCCGUCAACAAUAGGUUGAACCGUGAAGGUAAGACAAAUGAAAGCGCUGGAUUAAGGGACGGGCAGAAUGGAGGAUACCAAUCAAUUCAGUCCGGUCUACAUGCGAGUGCUCCACCAUUUGGGCCGAUAUUGACUCCCAUGAGUCAACCUCCAGCUAACACUCCAUUGUCUCCAACUUCUCAACAAACAUACCCAGCUCAGCAGCCAUUUUAUAAUAUGCAAAUGUUAAUGUCAGGCAUUCAAAACAUGAACAUGGGACAGACAUUAUAUUCUAAUCCUUAUCCGUAUACUUCCACACAGACAUAUGUCACCCCACGGCUACCCUCUCAGACGAGCCCUCGCGACAACCAGGCACGUGUCAUUCAACAGCGCCGUCAGAAUGAUGGAGAAGCCAUGAACCGCUUCGCCAAUAUGAGUUUAGAGUCACUUGGUGGAGAGAUAUAUACCCUAUGUAAAGACCAACAUGGAUGCCGCUUUUUACAAAAAAAACUCGAAGAGCGAAAUCCUGAUGAAGUGCACCAAAUAUGGCUUGAGACAAAUAAACACGUGAUUGAGCUGAUGACUGACCCGUUUGGCAAUUACCUAUGUCAAAAAUUGCUAGAAUACUGCAAUGACAAUGAACGCACUGUUCUUAUUGAAAAUGCGUCUCGUGAUCUGGUGCGUAUUGCCCUCAAUCAGCAUGGAACCCGUGCUCUGCAAAAGAUGAUCGAGCAUAUCACUACCCAGGGCCAGAUCGAGACUAUCAUCGCUGCUCUCCGUUACAGAGUAGUUGAGCUUAUUCAAGAUCUUAACGGGAACCAUGUCAUUCAGAAGUGCCUAAACAAGCUUACAUCCCAUGAUGCUCAGUUCAUCUUCGACGCUGUCGGAAAGCAUUGUGUUGACGUCGGCACUCAUCGGCACGGCUGUUGUGUCCUUCAACGUUGCAUAGAUCAUGCAGAUGGCGAACAGAAAGCUUGGCUUAUACGUCAGAUCUCAAAUAAUGCAUAUGUCCUCGUGCAAGACCCAUUCGGAAAUUAUGUUGUACAAUACAUCCUUGACUUGAACGAGUCUAUCUUCACAGAACCACUUGUCGCAAUGUUUAAAGGCAGGGUUGGUCAGCUUUCAAAACAGAAAUUCAGUUCCAAUGUCAUCGAAAAGUGCCUUCGCUGUGCUCAAGAGGCUUCAAAAGAUAGUCUCAUUGAAGAGAUGCUCCAACCUAGCGAGCUUGAUAGAUUACUUCGUGAUUCAUUCGCGAAUUACGUUAUACAGACAGCCCUUGACUAUGCAAAUCUAUCAAUGAAGACUCGGCUCAUUGAAGCUAUUCGGCCCCACCUUCCCGCUAUCCGCUCAACUCCAUACGGCCGUCGAAUCCAGGCCAAGAUACAAGGCAACGAAGGCCGUAAUACCUCUAAUAACGGAUCUACGUGUCCAAAUGAUCACAAUGAGCCAACUCAGGCACCUCUUCGCCACCAACGUGGCAACUCUAACGUUUCAUCUGGAAUAUUCAUGGCUCCAAUAUCCGGGCCAUACUUAAACAGUUACGGUAUCCCAAGCCCUACCGAAAACAACCUUCACCCCAGUCGUUCCAAUCAAGCGGCAGGCCCAUUUCCAUCAAGUGUACAGCUUGCAUCACCACAAGCUGGUCAACAAUCUUAUUCGUAUUCCUAUUCAAACAGACCUGUUCAUGUCAGUAAUGAUAACGAAAACGGCAAUGAUGUCAAGAAUGAAAUUAGCAGUGAUAAUUGGCUAUGA